AUGCUGAAGAAUAAUGAGGGCACCAGCUCGGGCUCCCACAGUGAAGAGGGCUCCGUCUUCUCCCAGGCUGAGCACAGGAUAGUUGCAUCUUACUUGAUUACGGCAGGAAUGAUAAGUAUUCUGAGCAAUUUUAUAGUUCUGGGCAUCUUCAUUAAAUACAAGGAACUUCGGACACCCACAAAUGCAAUGAUCAUAAACCUGGCGGUUACUGAUAUAGGGGUCAGUAGCAUUGGCUACCCCAUGUCUGCUGCAUCAGAUCUGCAUGGAAGUUGGAAGUUUGGAUACGCAGGUUGUCAGGUAUACGCUGGAUUGAAUAUCUUUUUUGGUAUGGCAAGUAUUGGAUUACUCACUGCUGUGGCCGUGGAUCGAUACCUGACCAUCUGCCAUCCGGACAGAGGGAGAAGAAUGACCUCUAACACAUAUGUCGGCAUGAUCCUGGGCGCCUGGAUCAAUGGCUUCCUGUGGGCUUUGCUGCCAGUCAUAGGGUGGGCGAGUUAUGCCCCAGAUCCCACUGGUGCCACCUGUACCAUAAACUGGAGGGAAAACGAUGCGUUCCGGAGGGCAAUGUUUGCCUUGCUCCAGUGCCAGCCUCAGGAAGCAAGGCGUGUGACAAGUAUUUUACCCAUGAAUGUAUCUCAAAACCCAAUGGCUUCUGGAAGACUCUGA